AUGCUACCUAAUUUAAUUAAACCGGACAUAAAACCAAGAUCAUAUUCACUUAAUGUAGAUUAAUAUGGAAUAAAGUAAAAAGCAAAGAGAAAUACUUCGCACUACUCUUAUAAAAUUGUAGAAAAACUUCACUCUUAGCCUUCAUCAUAUUGGUAAAUAAAAAUAGUUCCUUAAAAAGAAAAAUUAGGUUCAUUAAUAAUAAUAAUUGGAAAUGUAGAGGCUUUUUUAAAAGAGAUAGCUUCUAAUCAUAAAUAUUAAUAAUUUCUAAAGUUCAAAGAUUUUCUCAAUGAAAAAUAGGUUACUUAAUUUUUUAAUUACAUGUCAAAUUUUCUUAUAAAUUUAUAGAGCUCAUUAUUUGAACAUCAUUAUUGUACUUUCUAAUUAAAUCAAAAAGUAGUUGAUAUUGAAACUGCUGACAGUAAAACAGUUUAUGAAGUAAUUACAGAAUUUUUGCAUCGAAAUUAAUAACAUCCUGAAAAUCUAUACAUAUAUGGAGGAGAUUUUUAAUUAGUACAUAAAUCAGGAUUUCGAUAAAUUAUAUAUAUUUCUGGAUAAAGGAUAGAAAAAUAAAUCAACAAAGAUAUUAAAAUCAAUGAUAAAGUAUUUCGAUUUAGAACUUAAAUAUAAAGUUAAUUGAAUGAUACUAACUCAGAUGAUAUUCUAAUUGAUCAUAAACUUUAUUAAAUUGGUAUGCAUAAGAAAAACAAAGAGAUUAAAUAAUAUUUAUAAUAAUAGAAUAUUGAGAAAAGAGAGUUUAAUAAAUAAAGUAUGACUCAUUAUAUUUUAUCUAGGUAAAUCUAAGGAAUUACAAAUAAAAAAGAUUAGUAGUGCUUAAAAGGAAAAAAAAGUAGAUUUAGCUUAAGAAUUACCAUAAAUUUGUGAUUAAAUUUUUGAAAAAUUUAAAAGAUUAUUUUAAAUAGAAUAUGUAAAUGUAGAUAGAGAUGUAUUUUCAUAAUUUUUAUUGCUUUGUGAGUUAAGUAUAUAUUAUUCAAAAAAUUUAACAUUAUAAUAAUAAAUAGUAAGAUUGAAUGAAGACAAUGAGAAAUUUAAAUUACUAGUUAAUAAUGUACUUUAUUUUGAAUUCAAGAUAUUAAAGAGUAUGAAUCUAAAUUUAUAAAAACUAUAAAAUAGUGUAACACAAGCAUUAUUGAAAUUUAUAAAUCAAGAUACAAAAUGUUAAGAAGUAAUUAACAAAAUUUACUGGAAUGCAUUUUUGAGAUUUAAGACAUUUUACAUAGAUUAAAAUUGGACAACCAGCGAUUUUCGUUACUUUUUAUUACUUCUUAAUGAAGAAUCACCAUUAACUUUAUAGACCUAUUUGUAACUUCCACUUAGAGAAUUAUCAAAGACAAUUUUCUCACUAAAUGAAGACUUGCUCUAAUAGAUAGUGUGGUAAAUAUUAUUUACUAAAUAAUUAUGA